GGAUGUUCUAAGAACUUCUAGAAAGUUCUUGGCUCUCUGCAUCAGCAUCAAAUAUAAUGUGGGAGACUCCUUGGUAUGGAAGGGUGGAUUCAGACGCAAAGCGGGGCCUGCCGACCUGAAGCCUUUCCUCACCAUAGACUUUGGACUGAGAGCUGCGUUCAGACAGUGAUUUAGAAUGCUGAUUUUCUAAAAGGCAUGAGCACCGCCUCCCCAACCCUUGUAUGGUUUCCUGACAAUGGUCCUGAUACCAUCUUAGUUUGGUCUCUGUAAUCUCCUUCAGGAUCCAUUCGGGGCUAUGCUCCUGUUCUAGCGUUUAGCCUCCCUGUCGUUUAAUCUUGGGCGUCUCCUGGAUCUUCAUCUUGCUGACCUUCCACAUCGUUUGAGGUUCAUGCUCUUUGCUUCGUGCAUUGUCUCGGUUUUGUGGAGUCUUCUGUUUCCUCCAGAUUAGACUGAGAUUAUGUGGUCUUGGCAGGAGCACCGUGUAAUGAGCCUUGUUCUUGGUGGAUCUCGGGAGGUGCUGGUAGCAGUCCUGUUAUUGCCAAUGUGAACUUAAGAGAUGGCUGCCAAGUUUCUCCACUCUCCAAUUAGCAUUUUUCCUGUGUAAAAUGAGUAGUUGGUGGGGAGAUUCUUUGAGAUGAUGUAAAUACCUCAUUUCUUACCAGAGUUGCAUCUGGUAGUUAGAGUUUCCAUGUUUGAUUCUUACCUGACUCAGUUACUACCCUCUGCUGCUGGUCAUCCCUUUGACUGUUAGUAACCGGCGUUCUCCUGUAAGGCCCUCUGCCCUCAUCUGAGAGGUUAUAAUAGUCUAUUACUGGUAUGAGCUCCUUGAUUCUAGUUUUAUUCAAUGGGUUAUAAUCUGUUACCAUCAAUAGUUUAGUUUUGUUACUUAAAUUACCCCAGGUAGCUAGUGAGAGUUUCUUAUGUAGUUUUGUAUCUUUUUUUUGUCAAUGUCCUAAAACCAGUAAGUAUUAUUGUGUGUAUGCGUGGGCACUGUGGAGGCCAGUUUGCCUGUGGAAGCCAGAGGACAACUUUGUGAAGUUGAUUCUUUCCUUCCACCGUUACUUGGGUUCUGGGACUUAAACUUGGAUCCAUCUCCAUGCUUGGGCAUCAAGUGCCUUUAUCCACUGAGCUACACCACUAGCUUUUUUGGUGUGAUUUAAUAUUACCACCUUGAAGUUAUUUUUCUCCAAUGAGUUCUAGUUCCUUUGAGUGCUAACUGGUAUUCAAAAACCAGUGUCUAGGCACUGCCUGGGCCUUGGGGGAGUGGUGUUACUCUGCUUGCUUAUGUGGAGAGUGGUCAGCUUGCUGAGCUGGCCAGUUAUGUGGCUGCUCCUGCUUGUCUACAGUCUCUAGACUCAGGGACCCCACAUCUGUACCCUGAGGAUAGGAUCUGAUAUCAGACCACACUCUCCAGGUUGUUUUCCAGAUACUUUAAAAGUGCUAUUGUUCCAGAUACAUUUUAGACCGCACAUACGCCUUCCUUCCCCAGUUGUCAUUUUGAUAAGUGUUGACCUGCGGUGUUAUUUAGGUUAGAGGGAAAUUGUUUCACAAGCCUGGCUCUUCCCAUUCAGGGAUAAGAGGUGAUUUCUGUCGUUCCCCUAACCCUCCAACUAACAUCAGUAGUUGUUGUUCAUAAAUCUUGCCUCCUGUGAUAAUCAUUCCACAUUAUUGUUCAUGGUUCUGCUUUUGAGCUGAGGUCUUGCUCUGGUGUCAGACUGAAUUCCUGGCCUCCAGUGUGCCUCCUGCUCCGGUCUUCUGAGAAGCCAGGAACUCGGCUCCCAUCACCCUGUUUAGAUUUUUCUCGUUUUGUGUUUAUAAAUGGUGUCUUGGCGUUUGUUUUCUUAGGAGUUUACACAGAGAGGUGCCUACGCAAGAAAUGCAGAGUACGGAUAAACUGCGUCACCUUCACUCACGUCAGUAAACAGGACACAGUGUGAACUUUCUUACAAGACUUUCCUGGACACAGUGCUGUCUUAUUUGUGUCCUCCUGCAUCAGGCUCGAGAAGGGGAUACAGCAGUUCAUGUGGCUUUGCCUCUUGGUGUUGGAAGCGGGACGGGAGGAGGGGGCUGGACUUGUGCCAGCUCAUUACCCUCUCCCAGACGUCCUGAGAGUUUGCUGUGUAUACCUGAAGGAGGAACAGUGGACAGUGCCUUCCCUGGUCUUAGCCCCAGCUUUACAGAGUGUGUCUUCCUCUUCUUUCAGACAGGGCUUCUCUGUGUGCUGCGAAAAACUAAUUGCUUAUCAACGAGAAUUCCUUGCUCUAAAAGAGCGUCUUCGAGUGGCCGAGCAUAGGAUAUCUCAGCGCUCCUCGGAGCUAAACACCAUUGUCCAGCAGUUCCGCAGAGCUGGAGCAGAGACUAAUGGAAGUAAGACAGCUCUGAGUACAAUCUCAGAUAAUACCAUAAAGCUUCUAAAAGAGUUGACAAGCAAAAAAUCACUUCGAGUGCCAAGUAUUUAUUAUCAUUUGCCUCAUCUAUUGCAAAAUGAAAGAAGCCUUCAGCCCGCCGUACAGAUUGGCAGUGGAAGAACGGGAGUUUCAAUAGUUAUGGGAAUUCCUACUGUGAAGAGAGAAGUUAAAUCUUACCUCGUAGAAACCCUUCACUCCCUUAUUGAUAAUCUGUAUCCUGAAGAGAAGCUGGACUGUGUUAUAGUCGUCUUCAUAGGAGAGACAGAUCUUGAUUAUGUUCACAGCGUUGUUGCCAACCUGGAGAAAGAAUUUUCUAGAGAAAUUAGUUCUGGCCUGCUGGAAAUAAUCUCUCCUCCUGAAAGCUAUUACCCCGACUUGACAAACCUGAAGGAGACGUUCGGAGACUCCAAGGAAAGAGUGAGAUGGAGAACCAAGCAAAACCUGGAUUACUGUUUUCUGAUGAUGUAUGCUCAGGAGAAGGGCAUCUACUACAUUCAGCUUGAAGACGAUAUUAUUGUCAAACAAAACUAUUUUAAUACCAUAAAGAAUUUUGCACUUCAACUUUCUUCGGAAGAAUGGAUGAUUCUAGAGUUUUCCCAGCUUGGCUUCAUUGGAAAAAUGUUCCAGGCGCCGGACCUGGCGCUGGUCGUGGAGUUCAUCCUCAUGUUCUAUAAGGAGAAGCCCAUUGACUGGCUGCUGGACCACAUUCUCUGGGUGAAGGUCUGCAACCCCGAAAAAGAUGCUAAACACUGCGACAGACAGAAGGCAAACCUACGAAUCCGCUUCCGACCCUCCCUCUUCCAGCACGUGGGCCUACACUCGUCUCUGUCGGGGAAGAUUCAGAAACUCACGGAUAAAGAUUACAUGAAGCCAUUGCUUCUCAAGGUCCACGUGAACCCGCCUGCAGAGGUCUCCACCUCCCUGAAGGUGUACCAAGGGCACACCCUGGAGAAGACCUACAUGGGGGAAGACUUCUUUUGGGCCAUCACCCCCACGGCUGGAGACUACAUCUUGUUUAAAUUUGACAAACCGGUCAACGUGGAGAGUUAUUUGUUCCACAGCGGCAAUCAAGAGCACCCAGGAGACAUCCUGCUGAACACGACCGUGGAUGUUCUCCCUCUUAAGAGCGACAGUUUGGAAAUCAGCAAAGAAACCAAAGACAAACGAUUAGAAGAUGGCUAUUUCAGAAUAGGAAAAUUUGAGUAUGGUGUUGCAGAGGGAAUUGUGGAUCCUGGUCUAAACCCUAUUUCAGCCUUUCGACUUUCCGUUAUUCAGAACUCAGCUGUUUGGGCCAUUCUUAAUGAGAUUCAUAUUAAAAAAGUCACCAGUUGAUCUGCUUAGAAACCAACACGUCCUUUCUUAUGACUCUUGAUUAAAGAUAAUUAGCGCGUCCUCUUCUGUUUGGACUUGAACACUACCUCUCUUGAAGCCACUGUAGAUGAGAUGAUUGUUGCCUCCACGCGGACAGGGACUCUUCCCAUGGAUAACUGCAUUCAUUUGAAGCUAAGCUGUCCUCCAAUUUGAACUUGACACAAACGUUUUACAAUCCUGACAGCCUGUUAACAUGACUGAGACUAUUUUGGUAUUAUACUAAUACACAAGAGUUGUACAUAUUGUUACAUUCCUUAAAAUUUGAGAAAACUGAUGUUAAAUACAUUUUGUGAAGGGGGUACUUUUGAACUUCACUUAUUUUACUAUUAUAGACCCUCUUUUAUAGACGAUCAGGGAUAUUACAUAUAUAUAUAUACAUAUAUAUAUAUAUAUAUAUAUAAAUAUAUAAAUACACAUGAAGAUGUUAUGAAGUUAAUUUAUUAGAAGCACUUAAGAAGUACAUAUUUUUGUGCAGUAAAGUUUUGAAUCAACACCUUUUUUUGAAGAAGCGGUUCCCCGGCUUUUUUUAAGUUCUUUCUAUAUUUUUAUUUGGAGAUGCCGACAUUAUAGAUCAACGCCAUUUUUUCCAGUGCACUGCCAUUCCAGAUUGGUUCUAGAUGGGUUUCUUAACUCGAAGUACUUUUAUAAUCACAGCAAUUCUGAACAAAAUAUUUUCAGAGGCAUUUGUCAUUCCUAAAAAUCAAGAUUUUAAAAGACCAAUGUUCUCUCGAGGGUUAUAUUACUGUACUGUGUAUGGUGUGUAGCCACAGAAAACCAGUGUGACUGUCAUUGUCCAGGUGGGAAGCCCCUGCCGUGUCUCCACAGACUCCUUUUCCCGUUCAUAGUUCCUUUCAUGUGGGUGAUGAGACUCCCUUCCCUUUUGCUCUGUCUUUAAUCAGUAGUUAGACAAACUGUCUCUUUUCUCCCUGGUUGGUCCUUUUCUAGAUCUGUGGUAGGUUUUGGAGUUCAGAUACUGUUUUCUGAGUAAUGCUGUUGGGUGUGUCCUGUUGGGUAUGGGACUCGGAGAAAGACGACCGUAGCACUUCUGUUUCCAUAGCAUGAUUUGCUCCGCUGUGUCAUGAACGUGGAGGUAAAUGCUGUGUCCACAGAGUGUUUGUGCAUCCUCACUUUGCAGUCCCAAGUAGCGCUAGUUGGCAGAAGUGCUUUACUCUUAUGAUUAGGAAGGCCGAGCAACAGUUGCCAGUCUUCUCUGGCUCUCCAGAAACUGCGUGUACAGCAGGUGUGGUGGAGGCCUAGGGCUGUGGGAGGUCCCGGCUGGUAGCCUCCGUCGGGGGCUUUCUUAGUUGCCCAGUGUAUGGGACACACAGAACUGAGUGGAAGCCAUUUUGUAUGUUCUGCCUGGGAAAAUGUAGAUAAACACUACUGUGCAUGUCAAAGCCCAGCUGAAGCUUUUCUUGGUGUUAAGUUUCCCCUCUCAUUUCCUUCAGCUUUUUAAUAAUUAGUACUGCAUUUGGCACUUUUCCUAUGCCCUGUGCCCACAAAUAAAUCCCACUAUCUUCCCACACUCAAGUGUGCAGCAGCAGGAUAACAGACUGUGAAACCAUGCAGAUGGGCACAGGGGCCCCGUUAGGUCUCUGCUUUCUCAGUGGUUGUGAGUUCAGAAGGCCAAGCCUUGAAACUCCACUGGACCGUGUGAAUGUCUCCUGCGUGGGUCUUUGAGCAUAUCCACUUACAAGGCUCUACUCAUCAGUCUUGCCUCUAAGGACUCUUUUAGCCAAGUCCUUUCCUUCAUUCAAGGAAUUCCCCCUUUCCCCAUGAGCUAGUUCCUGGUGCCUGGAACACGCCUGAGCCUUGGCAGGCUCGGUUGGCAUCUGGAUUAACUAGCCAGGUUGCUCACAUCUCUCUCCUAGCGAUGUCUGCCUACUAUCCUGCCGUGCACGGGCACACACACACUCCGUGUCUAGUCUUCAUUGUGUGUGGUGUGUGUUCUCCAAUACACUCCAGGCUCUGGAGGCCAGCUCUCCUGUCUUCCAUCACAUCAGGCGCUCUCCUGCUCCCUCAGUGCCAGUUGCUUCCUCCUCUUGUGCCCAGUUCAGCACUAGACUAUUGGAAACAGAUGUUUCCAAUAGAUUUUGUGGGAGCCCUGGAGGUUGAUGAGGAUGAAGACGGGGGAGGUGAAGACAGAGUGCUUAGAACUGUAAAGUGUUCAUCCACAUUAUCCCUUGGAGGCCACCAACCGACUUUCACCCACAUAGUGAAUAGGAAAAGUGUCAAAUGCAGUACUAAUUAUAUCUGUGAAAUAGGUCAUAGUUGGUAUCGGUGGGUAUUUCACAUAGCCCAGACUCUAGAGCAGUGCUGGCCUCUACAGAAGCCACAAAACACAUCUGUUGAAAUGAAAAGUUGAGUUGGCAGCCUUUGGAGUGCUCAGUGGCCACAUGGCCAGCAGCCACCAUAUUGGAUCCUAGGAAUAUGGGACAUCGACAUCACGGUGGGAGGUUCUGCUGGAUGUGUAAACAUGAGCAUUCUAGAAAGGAGUAGUAAUGUAUCCUGCUGCUGUGGUUAAAAAUAGACCUAUGGAUUCAUCGUAGUGCAGGUGAAGGUGUGUGUUUUGGUGGGACAGUCAAGAUUACCCGGCUACAUGUUAGUGUCAUCCUUCUUCCCAGCAUGCAUUGCUUCGGGAUCCUCAAGAGGUACGUUUGAAAAGCAUGAGAAGUGAAUGCGGAUGGAUGGUUUCGCUUGUAGGUUAGACGUGUGUUAUGUCCAUCAGAGUGUGUUUGAACAAAGGUUCUUGAAAUCAUUGGUUCUUGAAAUCAUUGGUAAAAAGAUUAGGUGUGCUUAUCUCAAAAGCUAUCAGGAAAGUUGGGAGACUAGACUUCUUUUUAAGUCUUUCAUAAUUACGAGAACUACAGUUCUCAACAGUGCUGUCCCUCAAGGAAAAGUUGGCUUAUGUGCAAAGUGUUGUUGUUGGCAAAGGUUGUUCUAGUUAAUAAGUGUGUAUCUGUCACAUGCAGGAUUCUAAGAACGACCCCUCAUGACCUUGUAUAAUAUCCUCCCCUUCUGAGUGUAUCGAGAACUGUGACCACAUCUGUGGGUGAUUGGCCCAAUCUUGAGAGCCAUGUCAGGCUGGCAGAAGUGAGAGACAUCAGCAGCAGAACUCUAAACAGCAUCGCUGGUCUAAGUGGAAGGGGCUCCCCUAAAUGACUGCAGGUCACCUGCCUUAAGGAGCCAGAGGCUCUGUUACCCACCAAGUGGGACCUGCAGACCUUUUGCCAUAGGACAAUUUGACCCAGACACUUACCCAGGCUUGGACAUGGAAAUCCUUGAGCAGCCAGCCUGGUAAACACCUUCACUUUAGCUUUGUAAGUGGGAACCUACCUAGACUUCUGGUGUGCAGCAGUGGAUAAUAAACGGGCAGUGCUGUAUGUGGCUAGAUUUGUGGCAUUUUUAAAAAGCAACAGAAUCUGUCAGUCCUGAGAAGUCUCCAUAUAUGAUUGCCUGCGGUAGACUAGUUUUUAAGACAAGGUCUCACCUUGCACCCCAGGCCGAUUCUCCCGGUUCUGCCUCUCAAGUGCUGAUGUGUAUCACCAUGCCCGGCUGACUGAUGGUUUUUGACAUAAGAAUAAACUCAUUCCCAGCAAGCCCUAUUCCUGGGUCUCUGCUAGGAUGUUUGGUGCCAGGACCCGUGUCUCCUCUACAAGUCAGACUUGUAUUAGUUUUUGUUCUGUAAAACUACCAGGGUGAGGCUGUAGGCAUCUUUUUCUCCUAGAUGCUCCUAAAUUAUACUGACUUAAAGGCCUGCCAGAAGUACAGGAAAGAAUGAUGAACGGUAUUUUAGACCAGACUGAUGGAGAAGAAAAAUUCCCACCUUUGUGUUGACUUGCUGGUGUGUCUAACCUGACAGUGCAGCGUGAGGCUGUCAUCUACAGAGUCCAUGCUCAAGAACCACAUGGUGAAGUUACAAAAACAAGGACACUGUUAAAAGCUCUGAGUAAGUUUACAAUCUUGUAUUGUGCCAUUCAUUGCUGUCCCGGGCCACAGGCUGAACACACCUGCAAGAGCUUCGGCUGUGACAGGUGUAAUUUUUUACAAAAAUCAUUCAGCUGAGUAGCUCACGGCUCAAACCCUGUAUGUUCCCACCAAGGUUUUGUGUUUACGUGGUUCCUAAAAUACCUGCACUUCCAAGCUAUUAACUGCUAAUGAGGUUUCUGAUCUUGGUUCACUCAGCCAUGCUUCUUAUUAACCAUGCUGCCACAGCCUUGAAGGAAAGGAACCCAGAGGUUAAACACUGUCCUCAUCCUCACGUGGUAAGGGAUCAGGCCUCAGUUCAAGACUUCUAGAAAAGGGCAUUCCGAGCUAUGUAGCAACUCUUACAGCUUGUAAAACUUCAAACUUUGAUAGUUGAGGACUUAAAUGAUAUUAACAUAUAUGCUACGCUAAUUAAUAUGCUAAAUUUAAUGCAUGUGAACAUACAAUGCUACAAAGAUGACCACAGCCUUUUACAAAGAGAAAAAGAAUAAAACAAACAAAGACACCUCAAGGAUUUGCUGCCCGUGCCCCUGUACUCUAUCACUAGCUAAAUGGACCUGUUUCUGAAAUGCUCCCUUUCCAGUUUCUGCAUUACCUAAAACUGCAAGUGCGAGAGCAGACAGGCAGCAGGUGACCUGAAUGUGUGUAGUGUGAACCCUGGUCCUUAGCAGGGCUCCUGCUGCUCUGAACACAGGCUUGUGGGGACAGCUAAAUACCUGUGAUACUAAGGAGGCCGCUUCCUGCCGCUGAGUUAGCAACUGGUCCCAGAAUAGCAAGAGUGGGGUCCUUUAGCUUGCAUAGCAUUCUGUUCUUUAUUGGAACUGCUCCAGCUGGUAAGCGUACCUGAAGGGCAUGCUCGUGAGCCUUACAAAGAGCUGCUGGGACAGUACUGGCUGAGUCCACUAAGCCACUGUUUUCCGCAGUGGAGUCAAGGGCAGCUCAGUUAGAGCACUUCCUCCACAGUCUGUCUUUGAGUUGGGGAGACGGUCUUGGAGCAGCCCAAGGAACCCCUUUGCUAGGUUGCACCAGGUUCUUUUCUCUGCACAUAUUUGGCUCACAAUGUCUUCAUGGGUUGAACAAUAACUGCAGUUAUAUUUGAGGUACUUGUUGAAUUUUUAAAGGCAGAUUAUUUAUUUUCAAGUUUGCUGCUAUAAUUGAAACCUAAUAAUGUCCUGUUGACUGUGCCUUUCAUAAUUGUCUCUGUGCUACAACUGUCCAUGUGUAUUUCAAAUAAAGAAGUUUGAAAAGCUAUGUUGAAUCAAGAUUCCUUCUAAUAAAAAUGGCUUAAACCAA